CUUACCUUUCACACGGAUGUUGGUUUCAUCAGUAACACAUGCCGAUAAAAACAAAACCGUGGCCUCGCUAAAAUGGAAUUAAACGUCAAGAAAACGAGUUCACAGGCUUUGCUAUCAUGUGGAAACGGAGGAGGUCUCAGUGAUAAGCUUCUGCUCAAGCCAAAGCCUGGAAGAUCCCUGCAGACAGAGAGAGUCCCCAGAAGCAGUGUUCUGGACCGGUUGCAGACCUUCCUACCUCAAAUGGCUGAAGCCAACGAGAAGCUGAAGAGGCAGAUGGAGGAGGCUCCUGCCGGCCACUUUGACAUAGAAAGCGUGGAGGAGGCAGAGAGGGUCAUAGAGAUGGAUGUAGCACUUGUGGAGCUCAACGGGGCAGACAGCAGCCCCGAACACAGCGAGACGUCAGACUCUGAGGACGAGUCGGACUGUAGUGACAAUGACAGCGAGAUCACUGAGCAGAAUUUAAAAUUACCUGGAGACAAAGGCAAGAAAAAGAGGUUCAACAUCCAGGUUCUGGACCUGCAGGGGGAGUAGAUGAAUCAGCCAAACAGACCUUUGGUUUCUUCUCCACAUGAAAACUUUGACCUAAAACAUCCUCAGGUGUGACCUGCUUUUGUCUUUUGUUUGGUUUGUAGUUUUUUUUUUUCAGUCUUCACGCACACAGAGAUGGUGAAAAGUAUGAAGACACUCAUCCCUAUGGGAGUACAGUGAAUGUUGAAGUGUGAAAACAAACUGCCUGUGGAGCCAGAACAAAUACUGCUAUUACCUCACUGAGUCUGUCCGUGUGACCACGAUGUCUGCAUGGUGCAUUGUUGUUUUUGUCCUCUGUUUCCACGAGCUUGAACACAUUCUUACAUCAGCUUAGGCUUCACGUUUUCCACCACAUGAGAUCCGGUCCAGAGGAAUUCCUGGAUCCUAUUUAAAGAUGUUUUUUCUUUGCAUUUGCACCCAUAUUCACUGAUGGUUAUUUUCAGAAGUGUUCUUGAGCCCAAGCAGUGAUUUCCACUACAGAACUGUGUCAGCUCUGAGGGCACCUGAGGGCCCGAAGGUGAUGGCUACACAAUAUUAGUUUUUGACUUUGUCCCUUGAGUACGGAAAUUUCUUCAGAUUUUCAGAAUAUUUGAAUGAUUAUUCUAAUGAUAAGGUGAUUUGCAAUUUUAUGCUGACAGAUGUUAUUCUUUAUUUGAUCAAAUGUGUAAUUCUGAAAUGUUCUUCAGACUUGUAAAAGACUAAAAGUCUAUUUCUGAAAAACGUGGCCUCCACUGUUUGUUUCUUUUUUAAAUAUGAUGUGACUUUUCCAGUUGUUUGCGUUAGAGAGAGAGGGUUUUCUGCUAAUCAGACCGUCGGGGGGAUUUAUCCUCAGCUCCUGCAGUCUUAAGUGUCCUUGGCAAUGAUGCUGUAGCCCCAAAAGGAUCCCACUGUGAUAAAUAAAGCUU